AUGUCGAUUGCCAAGAGGUUCGUGCCGCUGUUCGACCGCGUACUGGUCUCUAAGAUCAAACCGGAUGCCAAGACCAAGUCUGGUCUGCUGCUGCCGGAGUCGUCUAAUCUCUCGUCGAAGCUUGCCACCGUGCUGGCUGUCGGCGCAGGAAGGCUGAACGCAAAGGGAGAGGUGAUUGCACCGACCCUCAAGAAGGGCGACACCGUCGUUAUCCCGGAGUACGGCGGGAUGGAGCUCAAGCUUGACGGCGAGAAAUACUCAGUGUACAGGGAGGAGGACAUCAUAGGAGUUGUAGACCAGAAUGCUUAG